GCUCCUCGCUGCCUCUGGCUCCUGGGCCUCGUCCUUCUGAUGGACACGUCUGCCCGGCCUGCCAACCACUCGUCUGCCCGGGACAGAGGCGGCCACAGGGAGGACAACGAGAUCCUGCCCCCCGACCACCUGAACGGGGUGAAGCUGGAGAUGGACGGGCACCUCAACAAGGACUUCCACCAGGAGGUCUUCCUGGGGAAGGACACGGACGGGUUCGAGGAGGACGCGGAGCCUCGGAAGAGCAGGAGGAAGCUGAUGGUCAUCUUCUCCAAGUCGUUUUCAGGCCGCGUGUCCUGGGAUGAGUACAAGGUGAAGUUCUUGGUGAGCAAAGGCCAUAACGAGAGGGAAGUUGCUGAGAAGAUAAAGAACAACCAGGAGCUGAAAGUUGACGAGGAGACACAGGAAGUCCUGGAGAACCUCAAGGACCGCUGGUACCACCAGGUCCCCCGUCCCCAGAGGCACGGCUGUUCAGCUUCAGAGUUCCUGUCCUUCCUGCACCCCGAGCACAGCCGUGGCAUGCUCCGCUUCAUGGUCAAGGAGAUCGUGCGGGACCUGGACCAGGACGGCGACAAGCAGCUCUCGCUGUCCGAGUUCAUCUCCCUGCCCGUGGGGACCGUGGAGAACCAGCGCGGCCAGGACAUGGACGACAGCUGGGUGAGGGACAGGCGGAAGGAGUUUGAGGAGCUGAUUGACGCCAACCACGACGGAAUCGUGACCAUGGCAGAGCUGGAGGAGUACAUGGAUCCCAUGAACGAGUACAACGCCCUCAACGAGGCCAAGCAGAUGAUCGCCAUCGCGGACGAGAACCAGAACCAGCACCUGGAGCCCGAGGAGGUGCUCAAGUACAGCGAGUUCUUCACGGGCAGCAAGCUGGUGGACUAUGCCCGCAGCGUGCACGAGGAGUUCUGAGCGGGCCGGGCCGCCCACCCGCUGCUCUUCGCUUCCGAGAACUGGAG